AUGCAACAUGCUCCGCGACCUGCUGUGCUAGCCAACUUGGCAUGUCUGGGCAACCCAACACUGUUCAUCGAUACGAGCCCGAGAUCCGCGCUGUCGGCUUGCCAGCUCUGCAGGUCCUGGAGUCCGCUCGAUAUUCCAUCUGCGUCGAGCCUUCUCUCUUAUCUUUUGCUCAAUUUCAAGAUACCCUCCCGCCAGAUCAGCUCCAAUACAGCAACCAUGUCUGGCGUCAAUGAGCCCGCAGACCCCCUCGCAAAGGGCACUCUUGCGACUGCCAAGCAGGCCUGGAGUGACCUGUUCAUCUGGAAGCAACGAGUCGUCGUGAGAAACGAGUAUGGCGAGGAGCACACGGAAUGGCAGACGCCCGAGCCCUUGAAGAACCCAAUCAGCCUCAUGGCGCAGCUCAGCGCAAAGGACUGGCUCUUCUUCGUCGUUGGUUUCUGCGCGUGGAGCGCCGACGCCUUCGACUUCCAUGCCCUGUCCAUCCAAACCACCACACUGGCCAAAUACUACAAGCGCACAAACACCGACAUCACGACUGCCAUCACGCUCACCCUGCUCCUGCGCUCCAUUGGCGCUGCCAUUUUCGGUUUCGCGGGUGACAAGUGGGGUCGCAAGUGGCCCAUGGUUGUCAACAUGAUCAUUCUCGGUCUUCUGCAGGUCGCUACCAUUUACUCCAAGACGUUCCAGCAGUUCCUGGCUGUGCGAAGUCUCUUCGGUCUGUUCAUGGGUGGUGUAUACGGAAACGCAAUUGCCAUGGCUCUCGAGAACUGCCCAACCAACGCCAGAGGUCUCAUGUCCGGUAUUCUCCAGCAAGGUUACUCAUUCGGCUACGUCAUGGCCGCCUGCGCCAGUCUCGGUGUCGGCAGCGACACUGAAUCCUGGAAGAAAGUCUUCUGGGGCGGCGCUGGUGUCUCCAUCGGCGUGGGCCUCAUCCGCAUCGCAUUCCCUGAAUCCCGCCAAUUCAUCGAAGCCAAAAAGGCCGGCAAGCGCGCGAAAGCGCCGGGAAUCUUCUGGCAGGAGACCAAGAAGAUGCUCAAGCUCGAGUGGCGCAUGUGCGUUUACUGCAUCAUCCUCAUGACUUGGUUCAACUACUACUCGCACACCUCCCAGGACUCGUACACAACGUUCAUGAGGACGCAAAAAGGCCUCUCCGACUCGGGAUCCAAGCGCGCGUCCAUCCUCAUGAAAACAGGCGCCUGCGUCGGCGGCACAAUCAUCGGCUACAUCUCGCAAUGGUUCGGGCGCCGCCGCUCCAUCAUCGUCGCCGCGCUCCUCUCCGCCUGCCUCAUCCCCGCGUGGAUCAUCCCAACCACCGAAUCCGGCCUCUCGGCCAGCGGCUUCAUGAUCCAGUUCUUCGUCCAGGGCGCCUGGGGCGUCAUCCCCAUCCACCUCAACGAACUCUCACCACCUGCCUUCCGCUCUUCUUUCCCCGGCAUCACGUACCAGCUCGGCAACAUGAUUUCUUCGCCGUCCGCGCAGAUCGUGAAUGCGAUCGCCGAGUCGCACUUUGUCAAGUCGACCAAGACGGGGAAACCCGUCGAUGCGUAUGGACCUGUCAUGGGGAUCGCGACGGCGAUUAUCGCGCUCGGCAUCGCGGUGACGGUUGCGUUUGGGCCUGAGAAGAAGGGUAGGGAGUUUGAGGGCCCGCCUGUUGCGCUGCCGGUUGAGGCCAAGGAUGUUGAGGAGGGGAGGGUUAGCGAGGAGAAGGGCGGUGCCGAGACUGUCGAGGUUAGUGGCGAGGGGGAGAAGAAGGCUUAUAACUAGACCUUCAUGUUGUUUUGUUGCGGAGAAGGAGGGAGAGAAAUGGAUAGAUAUAUGGCGGGAUAUGGGGGGAGUAGCAUACCCAGUAGAGCAGCACAGCGAAAACACCAACAUCUUAUGAUGCGAACGAAA